GGGGAAGAGGGCGAGGGAGGCAGGCUGGAAGGGGGAAUGAAGAGCGGGGCGAGAGCAAGGGGCGAAGCUUAUGGAGAAAGGGGUUACGGUAAGGUUUGCGCACAUGGGUGUGAGGGAGCGGCGGGGUAAGCAGCUUAAGCGGACGAAGGAGCGCGACGGGGCCAGCAGCCGCGGCGCUUCAACCCAGGCGCGGAGCCGCGGGCGGUCGCCGCUGGAGCGGAGCUACAAGAAGGCGCCGGGGUUUCGAGAGAAAGUGUGGGUACCUUGGAACGGGCUCAUCGUGAUUGGGAAGAGAGUAGAGCUCCUGGGUAGAAACACGCCAAAGCCUAGGAUGGGGGACCGGAAGCCUGAUUCUGAGUACUGGGCAAUGGAAGAUGUGGAAAAGAUUGUCUUGAGAGAGAAGCCAGAUCCAACUGAAGAAAGUAUGAAUGUGAAGUUACUGCACGGUGUCGCCGAUGCAUCAGAAGCUUCAGCAGAUUUGGGGAAAGACAGCCCAAAGAAGAUUCGGGGAAAGCAAGAGGUCAAACGCAAAAUAGAGGCUGAAUCUAAGAGUGCAGGCACGACAGCAGGGUCUAGGAGGGGGUCUAGGAUUGGAGAGAAUGUGAGGUCUACCAGGGAGGUUGACACCAAUGGAGAGGACUUGAGGUCCAGAGGACAUAAAAUGGGGCCGAAUGAGAAGAAGCUGAGGUCGAGUGGAGAAGAGCUGAGGUCCAGUGGAGAGAAGCUGAGAUCCAGUGGAGAGAAUGUGAGACUGAGCCGAGAGACGCUAAGAUCUAGUGGAGGGAAUCUGGUGUCCAGUGGAGAGAAGCUGAGAUUGAGUGGAGAGAAGCUGAGAUUGAGUGAAGAGAAGCAGAGAUCGAGUGGAGAGAAGCAGAGAUCGAGUGGAGAGAAGCUGAGAUCGAGUGGAGAGAAGCUGAGGUCGAGUGGAGAGAAGCUGAGGUCGAGUGGAGAGAAGCUGAGAUCCAGUGGAGAGAAGCUGAGAUCCAGUGGAGAGAAGCUGAGGUCUAGUGGAGAGAAGCUGAGGUCGAGUGGAGAGAAGCUGAGGUCGAGUGGGGAGAAGCUGAGAUCCAGUGGAGAGAAGCUGAGGUCGAGUGGAGAGAAGCUGAGGUCGAGUGGAGAGAAACUGAGGUCGAGUGGAGAGAAGCUGAGGUCGAGUGGAGAGAACCUGAUAUCAAGUAGGGAGAAGCUGCAAUCGAGUGGAGAGAAGCUGAGGUCCAGUAAAGAGGAUUUGACAUCCAUUGGAGAUAAGCUGGGAUCUGCUGAGAACGAUUUGGGGACCAGUGGGGAGAAGUUGGAGCAUUCAAGAAUGGACAGCAUAAAUGAAGUGGAAACUGAAAAAGUGGUAAAAGCUAUUACUGAUGAAAGAUUGGUAGAAAUUACUGAUGAUGAGAUGGAAGUUCCUUUUGAAAGAGUUAAAAGGAGUGAUGAACUAGAAAGGACUGAGGAAGAGGUGGAAGUUGAGGCGGACGUCGUGGAUGAAGUCAAAGAUAUUACUGAUGAUUCUGUUAGUAUGGAAGAGAAAGACAUAGGUGAGGAUACCAGUGCAUGAGGAAGAUGAAGGAUUGAAACUAAAGAAGGAAAGAGAUACAGACAGGUGAAGUACAGAAAAUCAAAGAGGAGAAAUCAGAGCCAAGCAGAACAUUAUUGAUCCUGAAGGGGUAAAGAUGAGAGAGGGAAGGAGAGAGACUGAGCCUACAAGAAGAAAGAGUGAAGAGAUGCUGGGGAUAAAGGCAGAGGCCAGAACCAAAGGAAGUGAGGGAGAGUGGCACGGAGGAAAAUGGCAACCUUUGGAGGAGAAAGACAAGAUUUGGUGAGGUGUUGAACAGAGAAGAAAAUGGGCUAUUGGUUAUGGGAGAAGAGCUCUGACUGAGGACCUUAUAGGGAAAUGUUUUAGAGAUGGAUUGAGGAUGGACUAGAAGGAUUUAGUCUAAUGCAUGAUGGGUAUAUGAAAUGUAGGAAAAUUACAUCAGGAUCAAAGGUAGAUUUUGAGGGUUGUGGAAUAACGUGCAGGCUGAGGUGAGCAAAAUGAUUGAAAGAGGAUCCCAAAGAAUGAAGGGCUCAAAAUGACAAAAGCAAGAGGAGAGGAGAUAAGAAAGAAGUGAAGAAAAAAAAUCGCUGCCUGCCCGAGAUCCUCACUCCUAGCCUCCUCUGGAAACUCUGAGAGUCAAGGAAUUGUCUUUUAUAAGCGGCCUGCACAGGCACAAGGUCAAGACGUGGGCAGUUUUCGGUUGCAUGAAGGUCUCUCAGAUUGUAGCACACAGUAUACAAAUUAUGAACGAAAUAACCAAAUUUGUUCCUUGGCUGGAUUACUUUUUCUCCUGGGAUAUCAGAUGCAUUCCACCAAGGCCACUGGAAGAAAAGUGAAGAUCAAGCCACCAUAACAAAUGUCAACCACCUCCACACGGGUGCCAACCCUUCUCUAGCCUGCCGGGACAUAACGCCAGUGGCCCAGGCCUGGUAACCCUCCUCCUCCUCCACCUCCCCUUCCUCCUCGUGCAUCUGGCCGGCGUGAUGGAAGAACACUGAACUAGAGGCAGGGACCAGGGGCCCCAGAGUGAUCUUGGACGCCCCCUUCCUGGUAUCAGCAGGACACCCAGCUGCGCCAAGGGAGCCAGCCAGCCCAGGACGGCUCUUUCCACGGUCAAAACCCCGACCUGGCCAUGUGAAGAACAGUCAGUAAAAAAGCUACAAAUAAGAUUUGGCAGUGGACUGGUGUCAGAGACUAAUCAUGCCACCCGGCUGACCCCCGAAGCCCCAGCGGUACACAUCCUCAGCCUCGGAAUGGCCAGUUACUCCACAAGCGGUCUGUGGUCUGUCAUCGGGAAGCGAGCAGGCUCCUCAGGUCACCUGGGGCUCGCCUGGAAAGGACGGGGAGCGGGCAGAAGCCAGGAGGGCAGAGGGAAGAUGGAGCAGCCAUCCUCCGGGGCAGGGCUAGGGGAAGGUCUUCGGUUAAAUAUCUCCAGAGGGACAAAGAACAGGGGGUGUGUUGGGGCAGCCACCCCCAGAGCCAAGGCACAGAGGAGGUUUGAAAUGUCCAGGAUAAAUAGAACUGCAUGGGACUGGAGAAAAGCCAGCUCCAUCCCUUCUUAAAAACAGUUGCCAGUGGCACCAAAAAUAUAUUAAUAUCUGUACAUUGUCAUCUUUUAAAAAAGGAAAUAAAACCUCCUUGGCACCUUG